AUGGCUUCGAAAUAUACGACGUGGAAAAUUGAGGACGAGGUGGCGAUUCGCAUGACGGAGUCUGGUGUCGGUGCACGUCCCGCCCUUACAACUUCACAGGCGUUUCAAAACACGUUGAUCAAGUAUGGAUCAGCUAAUGUGCUUCAUUUUAAACAGGAUGGGGUCUGGAAUUCGUAUACGUUCCAGACGUACUAUGACAAGUGCUGUCAGUUUGCCAAGUCGCUACUGCACGUUGGUUUGGAACGUCAUCAAGCCGUGAAUAUUAUCGGCUUUAACUCGCCGGAAUGGGCCAUUGCCGAUGUUGGCGCGAUCUUUGCGGGUGGUGUGGCUGCUGGCAUUUACACGACGAAUAACCCCAAGGCAUGUGAGUUUGUUGCAAAACACUCGGAAUCUGGUGUCGUCGUUUGCGACGGUAUGCAACAGCUGGAAAAGUUUUUGGCUGUUCAGAAGAAUCUUCCAAAGCUGAAAGCUCUUGUAUUGUGGAACGACGUUGUUCCUGAGGGUAUCCAGUCGACGGUACCUGUGUACUCAUUUAAGGACUUUAUCGAGCUAGGCAAAGAUGUUAAGGACGAGACCCUUAAGGUCGUCAUGGACUCUCAAAAGCCGGGCAACUGUUGUACACUUAUUUACACGUCGGGUACAACUGGCGACCCGAAAGCCGUGAUGAUCUCACAUGACAACGUCGUGUUUACGGUCAUGAGCGUGAUCGACAUGUUUGAGCGCAACUUGAAUCACACAAUGAGCAAUGAAGACCGUCUCGUGAGCUACCUGCCGAUGUCCCACGUUGCCGCCCAGAUGAUUGACAUUUGGCUGCCUAUCUGUGGCGGGGUGCAGAUUUACUUUGCGCAGCCCGAUGCGUUAAAGGGAUCGCUGGGCGUGACACUCAAAGAGGUGCGCCCGACGUUCUUCUUCGGUGUACCUCGUGUUUGGGAAAAGAUUGCCGAAAAGAUGUGGUCGAUUUCGGCCCAGACUACGGGCAUCAAGAAGCGUAUAGCGGAGUGGGCAAAGAGCAAGGCUGCUCAAAAGAUGGCGCUUGCUCAGUACGGCAACUCGGGUGGUGCUCCAUGUGGUUUCGGCAUCGCCAAUGCUGUUGUGCUCAUGCGUGUGAAGGAGGCCCUCGGCUUGGACCAGUGCAUUGCUAACUUUAGUGGUGCUGCACCCAUCAGCCGCGAAGUCAUCGAAUAUUUUGGCUCGCUGGAUCUGCCGGUGUAUGAGUUCUUCGGCCAGAGCGAAACAUGCGGCCCGCAGACGUGCAGCAUGCAAGGCUACUGGAAGGUUGGCACGUGCGGCCGUACGAUUGACGGUAUGGAGACCAAGACAGUGUCUGACACGGACGAGUUGAUCUUCAGCGGUCGCAACAUUAUGAUGGGCUACCUGAAGGGUGAACAGCAGACGAAUGACACGAUUGACGAGGAAGGCUGGCUACACUCGGGUGACUGCGGUAAGAUCGACGAGGACGGUUUCAUGACGAUUACGGGUCGUAUCAAGGAGCUGAUCAUUACUGCCGGUGGUGAAAACGUUCCACCUGUUAUUAUUGAGGAUACGGUCAAGGAAGAACUACCGCUGCUGUCGAACGCGAUGGUAGUAGGCGACCGCCGCAAAUUCCUGGCUGCGCUGUUCACGCUGCGUGUGACAGCGGAUAAGGAUGGUCAUCCUACGAACACGCUGGACGACAAGGCGCUUAGCAUCUUGAAGGAAGUUGGCAGCUCGGCGACGACUGUUGCGGAGGCUCGCGCUGACGAGAAGGUAAAGGCGUAUCUGGACGCCGGCUUGAAGCGUGCCAAUGCUCGUGCCACGUCUCGUGCGCAGAACGUGGGCAAGUAUGUUGUACUGGAGCACGACUUCUCCAUUAACGGCAACGAGCUGACGCCAACGUUGAAGCUGAAGCGUAAGAUUGUGCACGAAAAGUACGAAUCGGUUAUCGAGGACUUGUACGCGUAA